AUGAAGGGCGACAAGGACUACAUGCUAGAGAGAGCCGUUUUAACUGUCAAGAUCAACCCAGAGCCUCAAUAUACCGCGGACAUUAUAUCCGAAUUGGAAAGCAGAAUCGACGCUGCCCUAAUCGAGGAGGUCAUCCAAGUAGCUGAAGGCGAGCACAAGCUUGUGGAUAAAAUGGUGAAGGCAAGAAUCUGGGAAGAUCUCGAAGAGCAGGCUCCGAGGGGUAAUGGUCGUCCUUUGAGCGCAGUUUGGGCACCCAUAGUGCAACGCAGAAGUCAUUAUCCGGUGCAUGAGCAUCUGUAUAUACGGACAGGGAGCACUGCACGGACUACGGUAUGGUCCAUUGCCUUGAUUCCUUUCCAAGACCCCGUCGGAGCUAUGAGCGACCCGAGGGUUCCGAUUGUGAAUUCCCAUAAUGCUGUUUUGUCCAACGCUGCCAAAGAUCCUGAAACCAUUUUAUCACUUCCCGCGUCCUUAUUUACUACAUUUCCCUUCCCGUCUCUGCACAGCAGAAGAGUCGUUCCUAAGACAACCGCCGCUAUGCCAAAGGCCAAACCUAAAGCCGUCGCGAAACCCAAAUCCGGGGGCAAAGCCGAUUCUGAAGCGAGAACUCGGCCCAGGAGAAACGCCAAAGAAAAGGCGAAAGAUGCAACCAGUACUGGAAGUGACACCAGGUCAGCGGUCGCAACCGACGAGACGCCACUCUUCUUCUGGAAAGAGACGGAGCAAGAGGCAGGCUUUCUCUCGCCGUGGUUCGAAUGUCCGUUUGAAGCCGACGACGGCAAAAUGUACGAGUCGGUUGGUCAUAAAAUCAUGGCCGAGAAAGCGCGGUUGUUCAAUGACAGCAACGCGCUCCGACGAAUCCUCGCUACAAAGUCUGCCGACGAGCAAAAGGCUUUAGGCAGAAGUAUCAGGAAAUUCAAUGAACAGAUUUGGCAAGACAAUGGCCCGAUGAUAUGCAAACGAGCAAAUUAUACGAAAUUCCUCAGGAGUGCGAGAAGAAAUGAUCUCCAGAAGUGGCUUCUAGAUACAGGGGAGCGUGAGCUCGUUUUUGCUUCUCCGUCCGAUAGAUUUUGGGGUAUUGGGCUUGGCGCUGCUGAAGCGGAACAAACGAGCAGAGAGGAGUGGGGACAGAACGUAUUGGGCAAGGACCUCAUGGAAGUAAGGGAGAAGGUCAUUCAAUUGAAUGACCCGAGUUUUGGCGAAGCGUUCGACAAGUUCGGCGGCCGGUCAAAUGUAUAUUGGUAGGCUAGCUACUUAACUGCAUGCAAUACUACCGAACGAAUUCAAACUCG